CGGAACCGAACAUGCACAGUAGUAGAAACAUUAGCGAACAGCUGAUACAAUGGCGCCACUGGACCUGGAUAAAUACGCGGAGAUUGCCAAGCAGUGUAAAUAUUUACCUGAAAACGACCUCAAGGUGAGAAUCAAUGCCUUCGCAAUGGCAAUCACCUCUACAAAUAAGCCUGAUGAGCAGCACGCAUAGUAGCCUACUUAUCAGAUAUAAGCAACAGCAAAAUCACUAUCACUUCUAAUCAUAUCUAAGCAUCCUGAACUGAAAUCACAGACUGUGAUGCCAUAGCCUAGAAUUAGAAUUCAAUGGAUGCCAUGAUCACUUAUCAAUGUGUAAGUCGCUCUGGAUAAGAGCGUCUGCUAAAUGACUUAAAUGUAAAUGUAAAAUCAUGCUUGACGAAAUGAUUGGUAUGAGAUAGUAUCAUUUACAGUAGCUUAGUUGUCACUAGUGAAUUUUUCUACUAUGCCAUUAAUUCAUUAAACCAUUGCUUGGCAUUGCAUGACACAUCACAUUGAAGUCUCUGAAACUGUUACAUUAUGCUUCUUAUUCUUACCAAGUGUGGGUUUUUCCUCAGAGGUUAUGUGAUUAUGUAUGUGACCUAUUGCUGGAGGAAUCCAAUGUCCAGCCUGUGUCCACCCCUGUGACUGUGUGUGGAGAUAUACAUGGACAGGUAGGCUACUUUAUUGAUCAUCUAAGCUUUACAGCAACAUUGCUAGAUAUUUGAGUUUGAAGCUGAUGGAUUUUAAAUUUCUUUCCAGUAAUUCUGAAGUUAACUUGGUUGUUUCUUCUUCUCUCAGUUUUAUGAUCUGUGUGAACUCUUCAGAACCGGAGGACAGGUCCCAGACACAAACUAUAUUUUCAUGGUUAAAACUAAACUAUUCUCCCCUUGUCCACUCCCAUUUAUCUCAAUUGAUUUACAACGUCCAUCAAGAAUCACCCCAUCAUGAUUUGGUGUCUGUGUCUCUACAGGGUGACUUUGUUGACCGGGGAUAUUACAGCUUGGAGACAUUCACAUACCUGCUGGUGUUAAAAGCCAAAUGGCCUGACCGCAUCACGCUUUUAAGAGGAAACCACGAAAGCAGACAAAUAACCCAAGUAUAUGGCUUUUAUGGUGAGAAUUUCAUUACUUCACCAUAUCCAGCCCAACCAAAUGUUGCAAUAAUAGGCUACAUUAGUAGUUAUCGUACAAUCCAAACCAUUGACUCCAGGUGCACUGGUUGUAAAUGGGAUGUCCCCGGUCUAUUUUGCCUUUCAGAUGAAUGCCAAACCAAAUAUGGAAAUGCCAAUGCCUGGCGCUACUGUACCAAAGUAUUUGAUAUGUUAACAGUUGCAGCGGUGAGUACAACUCUAUUGCUUUGUAUUUCUGAUUUCCUGCAGUAACAUCCCCCAUAUCACAAUUUUAGCAUUUCAAGCCAACAUGGAGAUGAUUACACAUGAUCCUUAAGAUAUGUUCUACUAUCACAGUUAUUGAGCAUUCUAAUGCUGUACUUUGGUUGUUUUCUUAUGCCAGCUGAUGGAUGAGCAGAUUCUGUGUGUUCAUGGGGGCCUCUCCCCAGACAUAAAGACCCUGGACCAGAUCAGAACCAUUGAACGUAACCAGGAGAUCCCCCACAAGGGAGCAUUCUGUGACCUUGUCUGGUCAGACCCCGAGGACGUGGACACCUGGGCCAUCAGCCCCAGGGGAGCUGGGUGGCUGUUUGGUGCAAAGGUCACCAAUGAGGUAAGAUUAGUCUUGUUCAACACUGAUAAGAGAUGCACACUGCAGUACAUACAUUGUCAAUUUCACACAGUAAUAUAUAUGAAAUAGGUAAUAGUAAUGUUUUCUUUUUCACAUUCACAUUUAUCUCACUCUGUCGUUAUUUUUUUGUUUAUAUAUCCCUCUAUGUGCAGUUUGUUCACAUCAACAACUUGACAUUGAUCUGUCGUGCACAUCAACUAGUCCAUGAAGGUUACAAGUUCAUGUUUGAUGAGAAGCUGGUCACAGUCUGGUCGGCUCCUAACUACUGCUAUCGCUGCGGCAACAUUGCCUCCAUCAUGGUCUUCAAAGACGCCAAUACGAGGGAGCCCAAGCUGUUCCGGGCGGUGCCCGACUCAGAGAGAGUCAUUCCACCCAGAACAACGACACCAUAUUUCCUGUAA